AAACGUUUCUAUUAUAAAGAGAAUGUUACCCAUUCCACAUUUUACAUUAACUGUUAACAUUUCAUUCGGUAUUCAUGGAUAACCAACGAAAUGGCGGAUUUGGCCGAGUUGAAGCAAAUGGUCUUGAGUUUUAGAGUGUCAGAGCUACAUGUCCUACUUGGUUUUGCUGGAAGAAAUAAAAGUGGGAGAAAACAAGAACUUACUCAACGGGCUUUAGCUUUGGUACAGAAAGGUUGUUCUUUGCCAGUUCAAAUAAAAAUUAGAGAAUUAUAUAGACAAAUUUAUCCAGUUACAAAAACGCAAUCAGGUUCCCCUCACAAAGAAAUAAAUAUGCCUGUAAUGCACAGACAUCCAGGGAUUGUUGGGUUCCCCCCUGAAGGUUCAGGGAUAGUAGGGUACCCUCCAGAGGGUCCAGUUGCAGUCGGAAUGGACUAUAGCGCUGCAAUGAACAAUAUGAGAUCUAUCAUCCCCCAGCCUCCCAUACCAGUCAAUCCAGAUGUUAAAUUAAAGCAUUUACCAUUUUAUGAUGUUCUUGCAGAACUUAUGAAACCUUCAAGUCUCAUACCUAAAAAUAAUGGGAGGAUGCAGGAAACGCUUUUUGUAUUUCAUCUGACACCUCAGCAAGCGCAGGAUAUAACUAUGUCAAGGGAUUUCCGCCCGAAUGCUAAAAAUGAAUACACAGUUCAAGUCCAGGUUAGGUUCUGUUUACUGGAAACAACAUGUGAGCAAGCAGACACUUUUCCGUCACAAAUCCAAGUUAGAGUCAACAACAAACCUGCUACGUUACCAAAUGUUAUUCCCACAAAUAAACCCAAUGUAGAACCAAAGAGGCCUGGACGGCCUGUGGACAUCACCAAUCUCUGCAGAUUGUCACCAACAGUUUCUAAUGCCAUUACUGUUGCGUGGGCUGCUGAUUUUACUCGGAGUUUUUGUAUGGCUGUUUAUCUAGUCAGAAAACUUACAUCAGAUAUUCUUCUGACCAGAUUAAAACAAUUUGGAAAUCGCCAUUCAGAUCACACAAAGGCGCUCAUCAAAGAAAAGCUAGCUCAAGAUCCUGAUAGUGAAAUAGCCACUACUAGUCUCAGAGUAUCAUUAAUGUGCCCAUUAGGUAAGAUGAGAAUGCAGAUUCCUUGCAGAGCUAGCACUUGCACACACCUUCAGUGCUUUGAUGCCUCUACAUUCUUGAUGAUGAAUGAGAGAAAACCUACUUGGAUGUGUCCAGUAUGUGAUAGACCCUGCCCUUAUGACAAGCUCAUUAUUGAUGGAUACUUUGUGGAGAUAUUUCGUCAGUCACCAUCCUGUACUGAUAUCAUAUUUCAUGAAGAUGGUAGCUGGUCACCCAUGAAACCACAAAAGGAAUCAUCAAACCAAGUCAUUCUGACCUCAACACCAAAAGUACCAGUUCCUACUUCUACAUCAUCAUCACCUUCCUCGUUAUCUUCUUCAUCGUCAACACACUCAAACACAUCAGCAGCGAUGACAGCGACUCAGCCGGCAGCUGCUAAACCUCCUGAAGCCAAAGGACCAGUGAUUGACCUGACUCUAGACAGUUCAGAUGAUGAUGAUGACUCGGUGAUCCCUAGUGACCCUGUCAGCGUCAGUCCUCCACCAGUCAUCAACCUUGAUACCCCCUCACCAGCACCACUCCCCACGAUGCCCGGAUCCCCUACUGUCAUACUGUCUAAUUCGCAGUCAUCUUCGCCCUCUCCUGCAAUGGUUAGUCAUACACAGUCCCAAUUCCCAACCAGUGCAAGUUAUAGUGGACCUGGUUCACACUCCUCCUCUCAUAGCAGGGACAGCCCCUCUUUAAGUUCUAUAGACAGCAUUCACCCCCCACCCAUAGCACAGGCAUCGCCAUCCAGUACCCUGCAGUCUCAAGCUUUAAAUCUAGAAGCUAUGUCAGAUGCUGAUUUUGAUGAGUUUUUGAAAGGGUUAUCAUGGGGGGUGUAAAUUAAUUAAGAUGUGUAAAAAGAUGUACAGAGAACAAUACAAAGCAAUUUCAUAAGAAUGCAGACUGGAGGUGGUUUUGUAGUUGGAUAACUUAUAUUUGUCAAAUUUCUGUGGAUUGUAUUUGUGUAACUUUUAAAAAAUUAAAAUUUCUUUAUUGGUCUUGACAA